GCGCUCGUUCUAUCGCUAUAGGAAAUAGGUUUAGUAUCAUCAUUUCUGCUGCGUUAUCACAGCAGAAACGGGACUAUCAAAAUGUGUGCUUCUAUUGAAGUCUCUGUCAGUGCAAUGUGUUCUUAUUGGUCGAUAAUAUCGACUACAGUUGCCCUUCUGUACAUAUUUUUCGAUGUGAAUUAUUUUAUACGUCUGGCAGUUACAAUAGCAUGGGGCCGGCUUUUCCAAAAAAAGAAGAAAGUAGAAGAAACUACCGAAAUAUAUGGAUUAGCAACAACAACAGACGUAGAUAUUUUCUUCAAACAUAUGAACAACGCAAGAUAUGUCAGGGAGUUAGAUUUUGCAAGGUUCCAUUUCUACGACAGGACGGGACUGUAUGAAGAGAUCAAAAACGCCAAAGCUCACAAAUUAGCAAUAAGUCCUAAUGGGUGCUAUUCAACGAGUAUUUCUAAGGCUGAAAGAGUAGAGUUACAUAUAUUCUGUGAUGCGAGCAAAAGGGCGUACGCUUCUGUAGCUUACCUACGAAUGAUCGCCCAGACAUCAAUCGAUGUAUCUUUAAUUUUUGCUAGAGCUAGGGUGGCACCGAACAAACCGAUUUCAAUUCCGAGACUCGAACUUCAAGCCGCUUUAAUGGGAGCAAGAAUCAAGAAAAUGCUGAUCAAAACGUUAGAAAUCAAAAUUGACAAAACGUACCUAUGGACUGAUUCAACAACAGUACUUCACUGGAUCAAAAACGAUGGGAGUAAACUGGGGCAAUUUGAAUCUCAUCGCGUAGGUGAAAUUCAAGAGUCAACAGACAGUUUUGAUUGGCAUUGGGUUCCAUCCAAGUCAAAUGCUGCCGACAAUGCCACAAGAACCUAUUUUGAUGAUGGAAAUAAUUUGGAUUUCAAUCGUUGGCAUAAUGGACCAGAAUUUCUACAACUCCACGAUGAAAUGACAUGGCCGAUCAAGAAAACCGACUCUGGGGGAAUUUUGAAAAAUUCUGAAGAUGAAGAAGAUAUUCAACCGAUAGAAUUUUUGGCCACUAUUCUAGAAAAUGAUUCCUGUUUACCGGAUAUAAACCGUUUUUCCAAAUGGAUGAGGUUGAUUAGAGCCACGGCCUGGGUGCUGGUAGUCGCUAAAUUGUUGAUUUCAAAACUUCGUUCCAAAAAUGGUCAAAUUAUAGCAGAAAUUACCACUUCAGACCUUGAAGAAGCUGAAAUCAGAUUAAUCAAGCAAUGUCAACUGGAAACUUUUCCAGAAGAAAUCUCUUUCUUAAAGAAAUGCAUGUGCUUGAAGAAUCAGAGUAGACUAAAACAACUUUCACCGGUCAUGGAUAAAAAUGGAGUUUUGGUAGUGAGUGGACGGACUGACUUGGCCACACAAAUGGAAAUGACAACCAGAAGACCCAUAAUAUUGCCAUCUAAACAUAGGUUGACUAAAUUACUACUGCAUCAUUACCAUGAACAAUGUGCUCAUCAAGGUAUCGAAACUGUAUUGAAUACUGCUAGACAAAAAUUUUGGAUUAUUGAUGGUAGAUCAGCCGUGAAGACCACAUUUGCAGAAUGUAAAAAAUGCCGAAUUUUAAAAGCUAAACCUGCAAUUCCACAAAUGGGCCAACUUCCGACAUUCAGAUUGACUCCACCAGCUCAUGCAUUCACAUACACAGGAAUUGAUUAUUUCGGACCCCUGUAUGUAACAGUUGGACGUCGACGCGAGAAAAGAUGGGGAGUUAUUUUCACCUGUUUAUCGAUAAGAGCUGUACAUCUUGAAGUAGCACACUCUUUAUCAACGGAGUCAACGCUAAUGGCAGUGAGACGAAUGAUAGCAAGAAGAGGACAACCUCUGCAAAUUUAUUCCGAUAAUGGAACUAAUUUUAGAGGAUCCUCUGAGGAACUGAAGAAAGCUGUAAAAGAAAUGGAUAAGGAGAAUUUGAAACGAGAAAUGUUAGUGAGAAAUAUUGAAUGGAAAUUCAUUCCACCUGCUUCUCCCCAUAUGGGCGGUGCAUGGGAGAGACUAGUGCGUUCAGUGAAGACUACAUUUCAUGUUAUUCUCAAUAAUCAGAUAUUGAAGGACGAGCUACUCCUUACCUUAUUUGCAGAAUGCGAAAAAAUUGAUAACUCUAGACCAAUCACGAAAGUAUCUGUUGAUCCUGAUGACUUGGAGGCCUUAACACCAAACCAUUUUCUUUUGGAUGCUACAAAUUAUUCGACAGCUUUCGAAUCUGAAAAUGGAAAUUUAAGGGGACAAUGGAGACGAGCUCAAGAGUUAAGAAACUCGUUCUGGAAAAGAUGGACGAGGGAAUAUCUACCGACUUUGACCAAAAGAACGAAGUGGAGGAACGAUGGCAGACCUAUGAAGCUACAUGAUGUAGUUAUAGUUAUAGAUGAUACCGCUCCUAGAAAAUCCUGGAAACUCGGAUUAAUUGAAAAGAUUUUUCCGGGCCCCGAUGGAAAAAUUAAAGUCGUUCAAAAUGCUUCGAUGUUUAAAAUAUUGUGCCACUGUCACCAUUUCAAUCGAGGAAAUUUCCAGAUCAUCUCAUGGGAUGAAAAAGCUCUGUUCAUCGAACAACGUUUCAUCACUUUCGAUGGGUUCAUCAGGGCUAUAGUAUUGAGCAGGCAAGGAAGUAUUGGACUCGAUGUACCGAAAGUAAUGGCCAAGCUUACCGGAAAAGAUGUUUCCUACCGACCAGUUCCACCACCAGAACUGCAGGAUUGGCUCCAAUCCAUCGAGAAAUCUAGCCAGAGAUUGAAGAAGAAAGACUGAGUUUUAAAAUAAUAAUCAUUGUUUAGGGAUGCGUGUUUUUAGGUUUAAUAUUUAAUAUAUGUAUAGGUGCGAAAUUAUUAUUAUACAGAUUUUGGAUAUGA